GCGCCUGCCCGGGGCGGGUGGCCGUGCGGGGACUGGGCGCGCCCGUCGCCCAGGUGAGACCCGCCUCCCGCGGACAGGUGGGGACAGGGGCCACGUGCGGCCUCAGGCGAGAGGGAAGGUGUUCACGCAGGGGUCGGCCUUGAGAAGACAGAAAUGAAAACUCAUGGAAAUAAAUACCACUACCUGGUGGUUAGAGUUAUCACCCGUUUGCCUUCCUUAAGCCCGUGAGGUAGUGGAUGGGUUUUUCUCCCACAAAUGCUCAGAAAUUGCCCCUCACCCCCGAGCUCCCAAAGAGAGUUUAAAACGGUAGAAACAAGUGUGUGAUCAGAGACACGUGGACCUAUGUGUGUAUUUAAAGCUGCCAACCUUGUUUUAAAAAAAAACUACAUUGGCUUAAGCCAGACUCAGGUGAAUUUAGAGAACCCAGUUUGGUUCCUGAAGGUGUUUUUAAGGAUGACAUGGAAAGGCACCAGUGGUUUCGUGAUGAACUCUGAAAGGUAGCAGUGACAGUCCUGCGAGAAUGCAGUGGUGUAAACGCUUUUGAAAAGGGAGGCGCCCCGCCCGGCGCACACGCCGCUACCAUAUUUUGUUUCAAGCUCGGACAUUUUCACGUUUCACGUUUUCGCUGCUUCACUCCUUCCCCAGAUUUCCCGACGUCGCUGCCUCAUGGUGAAAGAUGAAGAAGUACUAGCUCUAUAAUUCAGAUUUUCAAAAGAAAAACAACAAUUUUUUUUAAUAGUUUGUUUUUCUUCUUACAUCUGUGAUUCAAACUUUUUGCAGCGAAGUACCCGGCAGGGCAUAAACGAGUAUGUCCCAUUUUGGAAGCAGGCGGGAUGAUUAUUUCUCCAGAAGACAAAUAAAUAAAUGUAAUAAUCAACUGUGGUUGGAAGGCUGCUAGCCUGUCUUAGAAUGACUGUAUUCGACAAAGAACUCUGUUCACUUAGGAUGUUGCUCUCAUACCAUUUUUGAUGUCAUUAUCUGUGCAGCGGGCGAGGAAAGAACAGUCCUGCCAUUUUGCAGUGAAGGGAGAUUUAAGGCAACUGUGUCUUCCACCUGUGUGCUCCGGGGCUGGGAUGGCAAGCAGAGACCUAAAUGCUUUCUCAGACUCGGUUCCUCAUUUGCAAAGCAUGAAUGGCCCUGCUCAGCUCCCCUCACCUCACAGUGCUAGUGUGUGUAGAUAUUCAUUCAUUCCGCCGUGGUUCAUUCUUCCUACCAGUGUUUGUUGAACGCCUGUUACAUGCCCCAAGCUGUAGUGGACGGAAGAGAGGGCUACACCUAACACCUGGUGGACCUGAUGUUCUGGUAGGGGGGAAGGGGGGGCAGGCGGGAGGUGGUGUAGACAGAAAAUCAUAAACUGUCAGUUAAGGCGGUGGGAAGAGCAUGAAGAAAGGAAGUGGGGCAGGCAGGUGUCAGGCCAGGGAUGGGGCGCUUGGGGGUGGGACCAGAAGGGACCAUGUGAGGAGGGGCCACAGCGCAGACCAGUGCUAUGAGGGAGCCUCUGGUAGAACUGGGCAGGGUGGUACCUGCCCUACCAGGCAGAUGGUGGCAAGUGCAAAGGCCCUGGGGUAGGAUGAGCCCAGGAUGGGACAGGCCAGUGUGGCCGUGCAGGCGGGGCAGCAGGGGCUAGGCACCCAGCAGAGAUUUUAUUCCGAGUGCCUUGUGGAUGAGUGCCUUAUGGAUGCCGCUGAGGGGCUUUGAGCAGUGGUGGGGCAGAGCAGUGGUGGGGAUGCCACUGAGGGGCUUUGAGCAGUGGUGGGAUGGAGCUGGCUUCACAGGAAUCCAGGCCCAGCCUGUUUCCACUCCACGUAGCUUGGAGGCAGAAGGGGAGAUGGGGCAGCACAGAGCCAGAUCCAGAGCCAGGCAGGCCUGCUGGGAAAUGUGUGGUGGGUGACUAGAGUUGCUGUUUACUGAAGUGCAGGUGAUGGCUGUGUCCUGGGUGUGGAGGUGACUAGAGGGACUCAGAGGCCCUGUAGACCAGACAUCUUCAUACUCCCUCUCAGAGUGGGAGAAGCCCCUGCCCUGGGCCCAUGUCCACUCCUCAAAAGGCUCCUCCUAAGGACAGAUCCCUCUUGCAGUGGCGGGCCCAGGGGUGUGGGAACCAUGGGGUCCCAGCAGAUGUGAGGGUGUUGGGGAGUGAGUGGCUCCCCUAGGGCCACAGGCCUGUAGUAUGUGGGAGCCUCUGCCUGCGGCAUUCAUGGUGAUCGUUGAUGGCAAGUUGAUCUUUGAUGAAUUCAGACUCGGAACUCGAGAGGAUGUGGCACUGGGGGACUCUGCUGUGACCAAGCCUCUUCUGCUCCCAUCUCCUUAUUUCUGGAACUGGCUUCUCUGCGCUCACAUUUCUAGAAAGAGGAAUAGGGACAGAGGUGAGCAUUUGUCCGUCAUGUGUGGACUGAUCGGGGGCGGAGCUCUUUCUCUUCUGUGAAACACAGCUUUCAUGUUAGAUGGUGUUGUCAAAGCGCAGACUGUUCCUGUUUUGACUGGUGGCGUUUCAGUUGCGGUCUCACCACAUAAGGAGGUUUUGUUCGAGCUGGACCGCUUAUAUGGUGCUGGUCCCUAAGAUCACAGUACCGUGUUUUCACUCGACCUUUUCCACGUUGAGAUAUGUUCAGAUAAACAAAUACUGUGAUGUUACAGGUGCCUACAGUAUUGUGAAUAGUCAGGUGCUGUACAGGUUCGUAGCCUAGGUGUGUAGCAGGCUGUCCCAUCUAGGGUUGUGUAUGCACACUAACUACAGAAUCGCACAGCAAUGUAUUUCUCAGGGUGUAUCACCACCGUCGAGCACAUGUGACUACUGCAGUGACAGUCACCACCGUCGAGCACACGCGACUACUGCAGUGACAGUCACCACCAUGGAGCACACGCGACUCUACUGCAGUGACAGUCACCACCAUGGAGCACACGUGACUACUGCAGUGACAGUCACCACCAUGGAGCACACGUGACUACUGCAGUGACAGUCACCACCAUGGAGCACACGCGACUCUACUGCAGUGACAGUCACCACCAUGGAGCACACGUGACUACUGCAGUGACAGUCACCACCAUGGAGCACACACGACUCUACUGCAGUGACAGUCACCACCAUGGAGCACACACGACUCUACUGCAGUGACGGUCACCACCAUGGAGCACACGCGACUCUACUGCAGUGACAGUCACCACCAUGGAGCACACGUGACUACUGCAGUGACAGUCACCACCAUGGAGCACACGCAACUCUACUGCAGUGACAGUCACCACCAUGGAGCACACGUGACUACUGCAGUGACAGUCACCACCAUGGAGCACACGCGACUACUGCAGUGACAGUCACCACCAUGGAGCACACGCGACUACUGCAGUGACAGUCACCACCAUGGAGCACACGUGACUACUGCAGUGACAGUCACCACCAUGGAGCACACGUGACUACUGCAGUGACAGUCACCACCAUGGAGCACACGUGACUACUGCAGUGACAGUCACCACCAUGGAGCACACGCGACUACUGCAGUGACAGUCACCACCAUGGAGCACACGCGACUACUGCAGUGACAGUCACCACCAUGGAGCACACACGACUACUGCAGUGACAGUCACCACCAUGGAGCACACGCGACUCUACUGCAGUGACAGUCACCACCAUGGAGCACACGUGACUCUACUGCAGUGACAGUCACCACCAUGGAGCACACGCGACUCUACUGCAGUGACAGUCACCACCAUGGAGGACACGUGACUACUGCAGUGACAGUUCAAUCCAAGAGAAGUUAGCACAACCCCGUGGUUGUAGAAAAUCAAGACAAAUUCCAUUUAUUUGCACGUUCGUGUUGCAAAAAGAUACAGUGGGGAAUCAGUAGAGUAAUUUUAAGCACGAAUAUACGACACCACGUUUGCAUUUUGUGGUAACAGAGAUAAUUCCUGGAGGAAGAAGGGGACACUUUCUGGCCCUUAAAGAAGAGCCCCUCAUGUUCGUCAUAAAUAGAUGGCCGUGGCUGUCACGUUGUCGUGCCUAGAUUCCGAUAGGUGUCAGCGAUGGCUGAAGAUGGGAGUGAAGAGAUCAUGUUCAUCUGGUGUGAAGACUGCAGCCAGUACCACGACUCCGAAUGUCCCGAGCUGGGCCCAGUGGUCAUGGUCAAAGACUCCUUUGUGUUAAGCAGGGCAAGGUCAUCCCUUCCUCCCAACUUGGAGAUCAGACGGCUGGAAGACGGAGCUGAGGGGGUGUUCGCCGUCACUCAGCUCGUCAAGCGGACACAGUUUGGUCCCUUUGAGUCCAGGAGGGUCGCCAAAUGGGAAAAGGAGUCCGCGUUUCCCCUGAAGGUGUUCCAGAAGGACGGACACCCCGUGUGCUUUGACACCUCCAACGAGGAUGACUGCAACUGGAUGAUGCUGGUGCGGCCGGCGGCGGAGGCUGAGCACCAGAACCUGACGGCCUACCAGCACGGCAGCGACGUGUACUUCACCACCUCCAGGGACAUCCCCCCGGGCACCGAGCUGCGCGUGUGGUACGCUGCCUUCUAUGCCAAGAAGAUGGACAAGCCCAUGCUGAAGCAGGCCUGCUCUAGCGCCCACGCUGCAGGCACCCCAGAAAACAGCGCCCCCAUGGAGUCGGAGCCCAGCCAGUGGGCGUGUAAAGUGUGUUCUGCUACCUUCCUGGAGCUGCAGCUCCUCAAUGAGCAUCUCUUGGGUCACUUGGAACAAGCCAAAAGCCUUCCUCCAGGCAGCCAGAGUGAGGCAGUGGCUCCCGAGAAGGAGCAGGAUGCACCCCGGGGGGAGAUCCCUGCAGUGCCCGAGAGCCAGAACAUUGCCACCAAAGAACAGAAGAAAAAGCCUCGAAGGGGGAGAAAACCCAAAGCGUCCAAAACCGAGCAGCCUCUAGUCACCGUGGAAGACAAGGAGCCUGCAGAGCAAGUGGCAGAGAUCAUUACCGAGGUCCCUCCGGAUGAGCCUGUGAGUGCAGCGCCGGACCAGCGGAUCGUGGAGCUGGUUCUGGGGAAGCUGGCCACUGCCACCACCGCCACCACCACCACUGACGCCAGCUCAGUGCCAAAGUUCACCCAUCAUCAGAAUAACACCAUCACGCUCAAGAGGAGCUUAAUUCUCUCGAGCAGACAUGGCAUCCGGCGCAAGCUCAUCAAGCAGCUCGGGGAGCACAAGCGGGUUUACCAGUGCAACAUCUGUAGCAAGAUAUUCCAGAACAGCAGCAACCUGAGCAGGCACGUGCGCUCGCAUGGUGACAAGCUGUUUAAGUGCGAGGAGUGUGCAAAAUUAUUCAGCCGCAAAGAGAGCCUAAAGCAGCACGUUUCUUACAAGCACAGCAGGAACGAGGUGGACGGCGAGUACAGGUACCGCUGCGGCACGUGUGAGAAGACCUUCCGCAUCGAGAGCGCGCUGGAGUUCCACAACUGCAGGACAGGACUCAUAGCACACCCUGGAGAGGGGGGGCCUGGCGGCAGUCGGCUUAGAGACCUACCAGAUGACAAGACGUUCCAGUGUGAGAUGUGUUUCAGAUUCUUCUCCACCAACAGCAACCUCUCCAAGCACAAGAAGAAGCACGGUGACAAGAAGUUUGCCUGUGAGGUCUGCAGCAAGAUGUUCUACCGCAAGGACGUCAUGCUAGACCACCAGCGCCGGCACCUGGAAGGCGUGCGACGGGUGAAGCGAGAGGACCUGGAGGCCGGCGGGGAGAACCUGGUCCGCUACAAGAAGGAGCCCUCCGGGUGCCCAGUGUGUGGCAAGGUGUUCUCCUGCCGGAGCAACAUGAACAAGCACCUGCUCACCCACGGCGACAAGAAGUACACGUGUGAGAUCUGCGGGCGCAAGUUCUUCCGUGUGGACGUGCUCAGGGACCACAUCCACGUCCACUUCAAGGACAUCGCGCUGAUGGAUGACCACCAGAGGGAGGAGUUUAUCGGCAAGAUCGGGAUCUCCUCUGAAGAAAACGACGACAAUUCGGACGAGAGCGCAGACUCGGAGCCUCACAAGUACAGCUGCAAGCGGUGCCAGCUCACCUUCGGCCGGGGAAAGGAGUACCUGAAGCACAUCAUGGAGGUGCACAAGGAGAAGGGCCAUGGCUGCAGCAUCUGCAACCGCCGCUUCGCGCUGAAGGCCACCUACCACGCCCACAUGGUCAUCCACCGUGAGAACCUGCCGGACCCCAACGUGCAGAAGUACAUCCACCCCUGCGAGAUCUGUGGGCGCAUCUUCAACAGCAUAGGGAACCUAGAGCGCCACAAGCUCAUCCACACAGGUGUGAAGAGCCACGCCUGUGAGCAGUGUGGGAAGUCCUUCGCCAGGAAGGACAUGCUGAAGGAGCACAUGCGUGUGCACGACAAUGUCCGCGAGUACCUGUGCGCCGAGUGUGGGAAAGGCAUGAAGACUAAGCACGCGCUGCGCCACCACAUGAAGCUACACAAGGGCAUCAAGGAGUACGAGUGCAAGGAGUGCCACCGCAGGUUCGCGCAGAAGGUCAACAUGCUCAAGCACUGCAAGCGGCACACGGGGAUUAAAGAUUUCAUGUGUGAAUUAUGUGGGAAGACCUUCAGCGAGAGGAACACCAUGGAGACCCACAAGCUCAUCCACACAGUGGGCAAGCAGUGGACGUGCUCAGUGUGUGACAAGAAGUACGUGACCGAGUACAUGCUUCAGAAGCACGUGCAGCUCACACACGACAAGGUGGAGGCGCAGAGCUGCCAGCUGUGCGGGACGAAGGUGUCCACCAGGGCCUCCAUGAGCCGGCACAUGCGGCGUAAGCACCCCGAGGUGCUCGCAGUGAGGAUUGACGACCUGGACCACCUCCCGGAGACCACCACCAUCGAUGCCUCCUCCAUCGGCAUUGUCCAGCCUGAGCUGACUCUGGAGCAGGAAGAUUUGGCCGAAGGGAAGCACGGGAAAGCCACCAAGAGAAGUCACAAGAGAAAGCAGAAGCCGGAAGAGGAAGCGGGCGCUCCAGUGCCUGAGGACACCACCUUCAGCGAAUACUCAGAGAAAGAGACCGAGUUCACAGGCAGCGUAGGCGAUGAGACCAACUCCGCCGUGCAGAGCAUUCAGCAGGUAGUGGUGACCCUGGGCGACCCAAAUGUGACCACACCGCCCAGCUCAGUCGGCUUGAGCAACAUCACCGUGACCCCCAUCAGCACUGCAGCUGGGACUCAGUUUACCAAUCUGCAGCCGGUGGCCCCCGAGCGCCAGUUACAGCUGGACAGCUCGGUCCUGACCGUGACCUUCGAUGCCGUCAGCGGCUCUGCCAUGUUGCACAGCCGGCAAAGUGACGUCCAGAUCCACCCCCAGCCCGAAGCCUCGAACCCACAGUCUGUGGCCCACUUCAUCAAUCUGACCACCCUGGUCAACUCCAUCACGCCCCUGGGGAGCCAGCUCAGUGACCAGCACCCCCUUACAUGGCGGGCAGUGCCCCAGACUGACGUCCUGCCGCCCCCGCAGCCGCAGGCGGCCCCGCAGCAGGCAGCCCAGCCCCAGGUGCAGGCGGAGCAGCAACAGCAGAUGUACAGCUACUGAGCUGCCUUAACCAGACUCGGGCAGGGACUGCAGAGGGAGGUUUUCUGUUUAGAUUUGUUUGCUGGAUACCAAACAAACAAAGUCACGCAUUGCAAUGGAAGGUUGACUUAGCUUUGCAGAGUCUCUCCAGAUCCCCCCAGCAACCAUUGCGGGCUGUCAGCUUAACUCCAGAAGUGACCUCUGGCAGGCUGGCCUUUUAAACUAGCUGAGGUUCCACACUAUGCCUUACCAAGGCAGCAAGUCCUGGGCGGGGGCUGCAGCCACUGCCCCUCCCAGAACCAGUGUUCGCUUGUCACACGGUUUGGGAAAGUGAAGCCGAGGGAGAAGCAGGAUUGUCAGAGGCAGGAGAUAAGUUAUUAGAAACACAAACGCUCAUCUUCUUUCCUUCAGAUCUUAGUUCCUGUAGAGGACACAGGCAGUCUUCACAGGUGGCAGCAGGCAGCAGGAAUGUUCUGUCCUCGCUUCCGGAUCGUUUUGCAAGGGAGCAGAUAGAAGUCACAGUAACAUCUAUUCUCUCUGAACUCUGAGUUGAGUCGGUUCCUAGACAGCUAUGGGCUGAAACCACAUGUGAGGCGUGCUGAGCCGCACGUGACCCUCCAGCCUUCAAGGUCAUCGUGGGCAGGGGUCACAUGAGGUCACGGACUCUGCCUCCAAAGGCAUCUUAGUAUUAUCCGUGAAUCGAUUUCCAAUAGAGUUUUUUCCUUUUUUUUAAACUUGAUUUCAAACGUACAUUAUGUAUUCAAGACUGUUACGGCCAACAUUAUGUCUUAGUUUUACGUUAACAUGAGAAAGUCGUGUGCACUGUAGGACCGCUGGUCCCUGUCCGCCCUCCACAGCUGCCCAGAUGCAGGGGGUCGCACGCUGUGGUGAGGAGUGAGCCUCCCUGCUGCCCCCAGCGGCUCCUCCGGGCUCCGGGUUGUCUCAGGAUUCUCUACAAUCCAAAUGUGUUCAUUCUGGCUGAAGCCCAGCCAGAAUCCCCUGAGUGGAAAAAACAGGGAAAAUUCAUGUUUUCCUUCUGUUUAAACUUUAAUUCCAAAGGUUGGUGUAUUCAAAGACCAGUUUCCUAUAAAAAUAAUGAAGGAGUUUGGCUCUUUACAGUGGAAAAGUGUAGGUAUUUCUGAAACACAGAGAAAAUGCUAUUUCCUGCCAGAGCUACUGAAAGCAGAGGUUAGUUCACUCAUAGAAGCAUGAAUUGCCCCUGAAACUGAAUGUGCGGCUGACAGCCAGGUCUGCCUGUGUGGGGACACAUGCUGUCAUGUUGUGUACCAGUUUUCCUGGUACACAAGUUCCUCCCCAGGCAGUUUCCGGGGGCAGGGGCCAGGGCAGGGUGGCAGCCAGCCCUCCUGCUGCCACCAUGGAAACACUGAGAGGUGUGGGGAGAGGUUUGUUCUUAACUUUCCUGGUACUCUUUUGAACGCCGAUCGCAGUGAGAGGAUACACCUGCCUUAACGUGUCUGUCUUUGCCAGUUGUCCCAGGUCCUGUACUCAUGGGGGUCCAUCUUGAAGAAACACUGACAUGGCUCAGUGACUGACAGCGAGCAGUCCCGGUGUUACCAGCAAAGCAAAGGAUGGUUGUGUUUUUCAGAAUGCAGCCUUCUCAGCAUUUCACCGCACUCCAAACAGCAGACUCUUGAAGAUGGGGCUGGAAUUUGUUUUGUGCAAUAUAUGCCUUCAUGAACUAAGGGAAGUUCCUCCCCAGGCAGCAGGCAGAAGGCUCUGCAGGGCUCACCUCACCCGCCAUCACUUGUGCCCAGCUCUCACCUCUCGGUUGAAUUAAUAGUGGGAGAUCAUUUGACUUUUAAUUUAUGAGAAUGAUUUUAUGUUAAUAUUUAUGUAUAUAAUUAACUGUUUUAUACAUAGUAGUUUCAUCAAAUGAAUUGGGCUCGGGUGAUAUUGUCUCCAUUCUCCAGAUACAAGUGGUCCAGGCAUCCAUGGAAUCAGCAGGAGACCAGGGCUCCUAAGAUAUAUUUUUUAAAAUCAAUAUCGAGUUUUUUUUGCCUUUGCCCAAUCUAAAGGGCAGAUGACCUCGCACAGACUCCCAACAGGCCUUGGGCUCACGACGAACCAUCCACUAGCAUUGAUCUUUGAUUCCUCUUCCCUAUAAAAUAAAGGCCUUGGAAAUCAGUUUUAUUUUUUUAAAGAAGUUGUUUUAGUGCCUAGAGUAAGACCGCAUCAAAUGUUUUUACAGAACCUAAUUUAGAUUGCGUGGUGUAUACCACUGUUUCUCUCAGACACCUCAUACUUCUUGUUAUAAGUGAGAAUUCUAAAGAAAAAUCAAACUCCCAAGUUUUCUGUAAACGUACGUGGUCUUAAUAGGGUCCCUGUCCGAGGCAAAGUGGGUUGUCUUAAAGCAACUGUUACAGAUUUGCAUAAAAGAACCCAGAUAGCAAAAUACAACAGCCAAGUACCACCCAGCCAGAAGAGUCCUCAGCCGGACGCGGUUCUGCAUAGUGAUCAUCUUUUUCUGACUGAUCCAAGGUGCACAGAUGUAUCCAUAAAGGAAGACGUUAGAUUCAGCCGCUGCGGCCACCAGGCUCUGUGGGCCCAUCUCAGUGGAGGGUUUGUUUGGGACCUGUGGCUCUGUGCAGCUGUGCGCAGUGCCUUCCACUGGUGGGGCUCUUGGAGACAGGCCACAGGUACAGCCGCUCCCCGUGAAUCCCGGUCUCCGGGUUGAGAAGGGGCCCGGGCCUCCGGAAUGCUCUAGUGUGUGAUGUGUUCUCAGGAAAACGUUCUGUGCCAAGUGCCGCCUCACUGUGUCCAGCGUGGAAUGGUGCUGGAGGGCCCGGCGCAGAAGGCAGACCUCCCAUUCCUCUACCGUUCCUGUCUGCAGCAUCCAAAGGCGGAAGGCUCAUGACUUCCCUGUUAGAGGCGGCGUCUCGGACUUUCCCGUUGGAUUUUGAGGCAUUAAGUUGGUGUGGAGAUGUUGGGUGUAUUUUGUGUCCCAUCAGUUUGUAUGAUGAUGAAUAAAAGGUGCUGUGACCCUUGUUUUUCA